GGAGGAAGCCCUCCACUAUUAAACUGCCAGAAUACCUCGCACAAGUUUCCACUGACCUGAAUUGCGCAUCUAUAACCAUGCCAAAGCAAACACAGUUUUAAAAGAGAUAAUUAAAAGAGAGUGUUGCUUGGAAAAUUUCUGAAGCCAGCAGGAUGAGUAAUGGCACCAAUAGCACAGCAGCACAAGGCAAAAAUGGGGACAUUUUUAGCACAGUGCUGUUACUGUAUUGUGUUAUUUUGCUUCUUACCAUCAUAACCUUUCUUCUACUGAUCAUAUUGCUCAAAAAGUACUGCAAAAUGUGCAAAGAUUCCAGGCCUGACUCGAACAUUGAAGGAGGCACUUUUCGCAUGAGUGAUCUCAAAUGUAAUUCAGACCUUGAUAAUCCUAAUAACGACAUCAUCAGUCAAUCAAACAACUUACAAAACUAUACUGCAUGCGAUGAUGAUUCGUCCUCUACUAGCUCCGAGAGCUUGUGUCAUUCAUAUGGAGAUAAACACAAUGACAAUAACCAGCAAUAUAUGAGUUUGAAAACCACCCUUCAAAGUGCAGAUUAUGAAAAUAUUCCUGAAGGAAAAUCCACCAGCGCACUAGAUUAUGAAAAUAAGAAGGCAAAGAAAAACCGAGACUAUGUAAAUGUAGAAGAACAGCAGAAUAUGCCUUUAACUAAGGGCAGAAGAAGCAAAACUGACAGGCAUCAAGAAGACCAGGAUGAGAGUCAAACCAGCAGUGAGAGCAGCAGCGACGAGAGCGACGACCAGUCUAUAAAUUACAGCAUGGUUGUCUUUAAAGAAGCCACAAAUACAGUCAAAAGAGAGCACUGAAGCUGCUUUUCUGCUUCAAGAUGUUUUUAAUAAUAUUUCAUUUGCUUUUUAUCUUUUUUUUUUUACUGCAUUCUGUCAGUGGUGCAGUCAAUAAUCAUAUACUAGCUCAAUCAUGACUUAACAACAUGCUCUAAAAUGACUGCUUUUAUUUUCAGUGCUGGUUUCAUUUGUCAGGUGCUUUUGAAUGUGAGGUAUAAUGUGCAUUUUCACCAUAUAUGGUAAAAGAGACCUAAUUUUAGGUACAAGACCUGCAUUAUGUUUUUGAUCUGAUAAAUGUAGUCUGUGGUACUGAUUGUAAUCAUAAUAUCCUGUAAAGCAGGAACCACCGCGUGCAGCUAAGCAGGGUGGCAAGAUGAAAGGCUUAUUUUCAGUUUCUGUAUUUCUGUGUGCUAGUAAUUAGUCUAUUUCAUAUACUUUGAGUUUUUUCUAUGCAAACAUUACAGUUUUAUUCAGUCAAGCUUGUUAUUGUUAUAAAAUGCUGAACUUGUACAAAGUUUUUUUUUUAUUAUUGUUUUAUUGUACCAGUUUAGUUUCAGUUAUUUUUAUGGUAGUGUAUUGGAGUAUUCAUCUAUAAGUACAUUUGGAUUUCUUUGGAUUUUUGAUUUGAGGAUUAAUCUUUUAUUGUCACAGGUCUUAUGUUCAAUUUCUAAUCACUGGAAAACACCCAUUUUUUUCAUACUGAAUUCUACAUACAAAAAAUACAAAAAAUAUCU